GCCCAGUACAGUGUUAGGCUCCACACUGUCCCCCCAUCAGGCAUCAAUCCAUCUAGGAAAAGACUGGCUAUUUCUAUGUUUGAUGCUGACAACAUGUACAUGAACGACAGUAACCAAGAGUUUCGGUCGCCAAAUCAGAGCUACUCCAAUCAGGGCAGAGGCAGCAGUGGUGGUGGUGGAGGAGGUGGAGGAGGAGGAGGAGGAGGGGCAGGGGACGAAGACUACGAAAUACCCCCCAUUACACCUCCAAACCACGUCGACCCUUCUCUGCUCCAUCUCGCAGAGCAUGAGUCAGGUUACCCCUUCCACUCCCUGCCUCACAAUGGUUUGCUCAACUCCUACUCCUACCCCGAGCUGCCCGCCCUCAUGAUGUCCAACAUGCUGGGUCAGGACGCUCACCUCCUCUCUGGGCCUAUGCACUCUAUAAGCAGCGAGAAGCGACCCUCGGCAGAAAUGAUGAAGCCCAAACCCAAACCUCAAAAAAAGAAAAAGAAGAAGGACCCCAAUGAGCCACAGAAGCCCGUGUCAGCGUACGCGCUCUUCUUCAGAGACACCCAAGCAGCCAUCAAGGGCCAAAACCCCAAUGCCACCUUUGGGGAYGUCUCCAAGAUUGUGGCGUCCAUGUGGGACAGCCUUGGCGAGGAACAGAAGCAGGCAUACAAGAGGAAAACCGAGGCAGCCAAGAAAGAGUACCUAAAAGCAUUGGCCGCGUACCGAGCCAGUCUGGUUUCCAAGACAUACAGUGACCCUGAACCAAAAAGUGCCCAGCAGACCAGCCAGCCCUCCCACCUGCUGCCCCCCAAACAGUCCCUGUACAGCGUGCCCCCUCAGCCUUCUUCACCUUACCUGGGCCCACCGGGCUCCUUCCCUCUUUCGGAGCUCCAGAGCUACGGCGGACCACCCCGCCACACCCUGGCCCCGGCCCUCGGCCAGUCCCAGAUGCUCCCGCCCAGCAUGAGUGCCUCUCCUCCAGCACCCUUCCAGAUCAGCCCACCUCUGCACCCGCACGCUCAGCUCUCCCUGCACCAGAGCUCCCUGCUCAACCAGCCAAUCCGCAUGCAGCAGUCGCAGCCAAUCAUCUCACACCAAAUGGGGCUCCAGGCGUCUCUGAACUCCCCUCCGCUCGGCCAACAGGGAUUCUCCCAUCUUCAGGCUGACUACCAGAACAGCGUUGGGGGCUCGCAGUCUCCAGGGGCGCCCAAUCCAGUGCACGGACAGAACCCCGACUGGGACGGCGAGUACUGCAACAGAGACUGUGGACCCAACCACUGCGGCAGUGGGAUGGGAGCUCGGGACAAGCCUCUCUACCUCACUUGAAGUUAAACGACCUCCACAUGUCAAACUCCAGAAAGCUUUCUAACAUAACAACAGCAUCGUCGAUGUAUCUGCUUUCACACCGUUUUGUUUUCUAUCUUUUUUUUAAUGGAUUUUGAAAAUCCCAAAGACUGCUACAGUAACUUCACCUUUUUGCCAAGCACUUAAAUCGGCCACAAGCCUGAGGCACUUCCUUUACAUUCUUUUUUUUUUUUUCCCCUUCUCCUCCUUGUCAGUGAAGAGUUUUCUGAGCUGGCAGUGAGCUUUAAGCUCAUGCCGACAUACUGGAAAUAUAAGGACCAAAAAAAAAAUGUCUUCUCACAUUGUUUCCUUUUUUUUUUU